AUGCCAGUUAUCAUCGUUAAAGACGAUGAAGAUUUCAAGACUCAACUCUCUCUGGCCGGUGCUAAGCCUGUCAUCGUGGAUUUCACAGCCGUUUGGUGCGGGCCAUGCAAAAUGAUCGCUCCAGCAUUUGAAGCAUUGUCUAAUCAGCAUCUUGGAGCUGUUUUCCUCAAAGUCGAUGUUGAUGUCUGUGAAGCAACUUGUGCUACUUACGGCGUUAGCUCAAUGCCAACAUUCAUCGUGUUUCAGAAUGGAAGAAAUGUGGAAACCAUGAAAGGAGCAAAUAGAGAAGGCUUGGAAGCUAUGGUCAAAAAGUUCACAGACAACUCGUCAAGCAGCUCCUUAGUCAACGGUCAGCUUGAUUUGACCGCUCUCAUUGAUAAGAAGCAAAUGGAGUGCUUGAACGGAUGUGACGAUACUCCUUUGGAUCGUUUCAUCGAAGGAAACUGCAAUUUAGUGUCAGACUGCGAUGAACAACUAAUUGUUUCUCUUCCAUUCAAUCAACCAGUGAAAGUGCACUCCGUCCUUAUUAAAGGUGUGGCUGACCGUGCACCAAAAAAGGUCAAGGUGUUCAUCAACCUACCGAAGACCAUCGACUUCGAUAAUGCAUCUGGCCUCGAACCAACACAGUUGCUUGAAUUCGAUGAAUCUUCCACAAACGGAGAUGGCCAGAUUCAGGCACUGAAAUACGUAAAGUUCCAGAAUGUUCAGAACAUUCAGUUCUUUAUUGAAGACAACAUCGGAGGAGGAGAUGUGACCGAAAUUGUCAAACUGACGGUCUUCGGAACUGCUCUGUCAGCAAUGAAUAUGAACGAGUUCAAGAGAGUUGCCGGAAAAGCAGGAGAUGCUCACUGA